AGCCGCGGGACAAUUAACCAGAGACAAGCGUGUCGUGGGAAUCCGGCUUGAGCUCGAAAUCAACGCAUGAAAAAUCAGGGCCCAUGUACAGCCUGGACAAGCUGGAAGCAUGGCAGAAGGAAAAGAGCUUGGAGUCUCCAAAUGGCAGCCUGAAUUUGAAUAAUGCUGUAAAGAAUGAGGAACUCAAGAAAUGUCAUCGAGAAGUCACAGCUCCAAAUAAAUACAACUCCCAAUAUCACAAGUUAUUCAAGGACAUUCCCACUGAAGAGAGCGUGCUUAAAGUCUGCUCCUGCGCCCUUCAGCGAGACAUUCUUAUCCAAGGCCGUCUCUACAUUUCUCCAAAUUGGCUGUGUUUCUACGCAAACCUUUUUGGGAAGGAUAUCAAGGUUGUUAUUCCUGUGGUCUCUGUCCAACUAAUAAAAAAGCACAAAACAGCCCGGUUGUUGCCAAAUGGACUAGCAAUCACCACCAAUGCCAGCAGAAAAUACAUCUUUGUGUCCCUCAUUUCCAGAGACAGCGUCUAUGACGUCUUGCGGCGUGUCUGCACCCACCUGCAGGUCUCAAGCAAAAAGAGUCUGAGUUUGAAAGCAUUCACUGAAGAGCCAGAUACAGUAUCUUUGGAGGUGAUCGUCCCAGAAGUGAAGUGGAGGAAGAGGUCCUCAGCGCCACUCUCACUCGCCCUCCCAGACACUGGUUUCCAGUGUCUCCACCGAACUUCGAUCAGCAACCUCAGCACUAAGGAGAACUCCUGCAACUUGGAGGAGCCCCUUGCAUCAGAAAGUACAAUAAACUCUGAAGAGGAGGAGGAGGAGGAGGAGGAGGAGGUGGAGUUAGGAGUGGACCACAGCUACAAAGCGGAACUGAGGGCAGCUGAUUAUCAGCUGCUGAAAAUCUUCAUAGUGUUGAUCUGCCUUUUGGUGCUGUCCUCCUCAUACCUGGCCUUCCGAAUCUUCCGGCUGGAGCAGCAGCUCUCCACUUUGAACCAGGAUUACCUCUCCCGAGUAUCUCAGAGGUGAUUGAAGCACAAGGGAGAUUGCAAAAGAUCAGGCUUCACCUUAAGUUGGGUCCAAGUAGGUAACGUGGCUACGAUGAAGACGGGGCAAGCAGAACUCUGGUUCUCUCUCCAUUCUUGCUGGACCAAAGCAGUGAGGAACACUUCAGGUGCUUCUUCACCUCCAAGAACCCCGUUUGAGACUUGACACGUUGCAUCAGCUCUGCUAGAGCAUCUUCCAGGCUGCUGAGGGCGCUUAAGACCAUCACCAAGAAAGGUCCUAGCUAGGCUUGUCCAAGAGUGGCAGUUCUAGCCACAAUUUCAGAGGUGUCUUGAGCUAUGAAGAGGUUACGGAAUUUACUCUCAACAGUGCCAGCAACCUUGGAGAUGGCAUUAGAGGACUUCUCCAAGAUACCCGCUUGCACUGUGGAACUGCAGCAGCUUGUGGAGCUUGGCUUUAGAAGGACUUGGCUGCUCUUACCAGUGAACUGUGUGGCUCUUGGGGCACCAUCUCCAAGGGGCGAUUUGCAAGUGCCAGAGACAUGGCUGGAUUCUCCUCUGGAGAGGGUUCCUCCUGCAUGUGGCUGCUGCCAGGACCCGCAGCCUCUUUUCCGGUGGAAGGAGGUGGGGGGGUAGUUUAUCCUCCUGCAGUGAAAACACAAUUAGUCCAUGAAGGUGGCUAGUGACUAAUGUUUUCCUAAGGAUGCGUAGGAGUCUGGGGCUAUCCCUUCUCUGCCCUUUCACAUCCCAGUAUUGUGAGUUCGCCUUGGGACCGUUCUUCUUGCACUAAAAGGUUCCUCUGGUCCCAAACAAUGCUGCUGGAGCGAUUUGCACCCCUGCAAAAUUUCCAGAGCCAAAGUGACUUUGAGCAGAUGAGAUGAAUGCCUCUCAGCUGCCAGGCAAGCCCUAUGUUCCUGUGGACUGGAGCCCACUGAAAAUGGAUUCCUCCGGGGCAGGCUG